AUGCUUCGCAACGGAGCGUCGCGCCUCGCGCUGAGGUCCGCAGCAGCGCCCCAGUCGGCACGCCCGGCUGCGAGCUUCACCCGCACAACACCUUCUUCUCUGCAAUGGGCAACACAAUUUGGUUCUCUGGCUGCGCGGAGACCGCAAUUAGCACAGGCGGCUGCUGCUGCGCAAUGGAAGCCUGCGGGCGCGGUCUUGCGCCGCAGCAUGGCUGAUAAGACGUUGACGGAAGGGCAGAAGCAGGCGGAGAGCAGAUAUGCGCACGAGAAGAUUAAGCCCACGCCCGAGACGGUGACGAGUACUAGUUCGACGCAUCCUAUGUUUUCCGAGGUGGGCACCGAGCAGCCGCAGAAUGAGGUGGAUAUGGCGGCGGGGUUGAAGCAUGAUGUGGGCACAAUCAAAGAAACUUUCUCCCUCGCUGAAGUCCCGCGCGAAGCAUACUACAUGGGUCUCGCGGGCACGCUUCCCUACCUCGCAACCUCCAUCUCCACCGUGUAUCUCUCGUGGGAACUCAACCACUCCACCGCGGGUUACGGCAUGAUCUUCUCUCAAAAAGACGCUACAUACCUCCUCUCCCUCAUCGAGCCCCUUCAAAUCGGAUACGGCGCGUCCAUCCUGAGUUUCCUGGGCGCUAUCCACUGGGGACUCGAGUGGGCAGGCUACGGAGGCACACAGGGCUACAAGCGCUAUGCGAUUGGCGUUGUAGCACCCAUGGUAGCAUGGUCAACAUUGCUCAUGCCCAUUGAAGGCGCGCUCAUCUCGCAGUUCUUGGGUUUCGUUGG